GAAGAAGGCGGCGUUCCGAACGGUCGCGUUUUUCAUGUUCUCCGCUCCAAAGGAUUUAUCGGCCCCUGGCCGAGGUGCUGCUCAGGCGUCAGCCAGCAGCAAUGACUACCGUAUUGUGCUACCUCGUCUUCCUACCGGUAAGCUGGUUGUGGACUCCGUUUUCCUGCAUGCUGACUUAGCUGGUCGACCGUACAGAGCCCAAGACUUCAGAGACGCCCUUCGGAAUGUUAUUGACCUAAAGGAAAUAAGUUCCAUUGGCCAAUUUCAGAUGUCGCACGUGUGGAUGGUGACGUGCAAGUCACCGAUGGCAAAAUCAAAUCUAGUCACGUGCGGGGAUUUAUCAGUGAAAGGAAGACGCUGCAUCGUCAUGGACCCUGAGCCCACGGAAGUAAAAAUGAAGCUUUUAUGGCUACCUGAGCGUUUGGAAGACGCCUACAUUCGAGAUUCACUCCAGGCUUACGGGAAAGUGAAAUCUAUAUCAGCAGAAAGCUGGAGAGUAUCGGAGAUGGAAGAAAUGCGAACUCUAAAUCGUGAUGUGGUGUUGUCUCUUGCUGACGGAGUAGGUGUGGGUGACGUUCCACAUCUCCUACCUGUCUGUGGAGUGCAGAGCCUUGUACUGAUUCCAGGCAGACCCCCGCUUUGUCUCCGCUGUAACAAGGUUGGCCACAUUCGUCGCAACUGCAGAACUCCACGUUGUGAAGACUGCCGGCGCUUUAGCCACACAGCUGAAGAAUGUGUGGUAACAUACGCCGACAAGUUACGACAUAGGACACAACCUCCUGAUGAAUGCGUGCAAGAACACAUAAUGGACGCCACAGAGGUUCUCGACGUGACCGGAGAUGUUCCUUCUGCCGCGGAGACCAGUUGUGCCGGCAAGUCUCGUCUAGAUGUAAAAGACAAUGUCAUCGCACAACCGCCCAAGGACAAGGAAGGUAGCAAAGCGACAGAUGAUCAGUCCAAGCAACAGUGCAAUGAGGCGCCCGUAAUCACAGAGCCAGUUCCUGCCCAGCAAGCUAAAGAGGCAGCCGAAAAUGAAUCAUCUGCUUCACCCAAGCUUCUCGACAGAUGUGCAGUAGACCAGGUCCGUUACAUAUCCAACUACGUUACGGACCACAAAAUGCUGGUGGCUGUACUCGGUCUGCCUUGGCGACUGACUGCGGAAAAGAUCAAACAUGGAUUCUGCUUGUCAGACGACAUGAAAGAAAUGGAUGGAAAGGACGUGGACGACGAGUCAACGGAUAGAGGAAGAGGAGGGCGCGGGUCGGCGGAAAUAGACAUGGAGGAUGUCUGCGAGUCACCAGGUGGGAAGGAUAGUGGGUCGGAAGAAGAAAGAGAAAAGCAGGUGUAA